AAGCUCACAACACGACUGCACUGCUCGGCUUUUCAGUGACUUUUCAGCUCUCAAGAUUGUUUUGUCUGAAUCCCUUUUUUCCUUUUCAAAAGCUGAUCCUGAAAUCAACGUAUCUCCCUGCAUAUUCCUAGGCUGUUGCCACUGCCCCUGUACCAGCGAUGGCAGCUUCCAGCAGCAGCAGCGAGGAGGAGCGUAGUCUUCGGGAAUGUGAACUUUACGUCCAAAAACAUAACAUCCAGCAGCUUCUGAAGGAUUGCAUUGUACAGCUGUGCACAGUGAGACCUGAAAGACCCAUGGGAUUCCUCAGAGAAUACUUUGAAAGAUUGGAGAAGGAGGAAACAAAGCAGUUGUUGAAUCAACAGAAGUCUGGUUCGCGCUCAGACUCGCGGGAGGAUGAAAUCUCUCCUCCUCCUCCUAUGAACCCCGUGGUGAAGGGUCGAAGGCGGCGUGGGGCCAUCAGUGCAGAAGUCUAUACAGAAGAGGAUGCUGCAUCUUACGUUAGAAAGGUUAUUCCAAAAGAUUAUAAGACCAUGGCUGCUUUGGCAAAAGCAAUUGAGAAGAAUGUGCUGUUUGCCCAUCUUGAUGAUAAUGAAAGAAGUGACAUCUUUGACGCGAUGUUCCCCGUCACUUACAUUGCAGGAGAGACUGUCAUACAGCAAGGUGAUGAAGGUGAUAACUUCUAUGUGGUUGAUCAAGGAGAAAUGGACGUUUAUGUGAACAAUGAGUGGGCAACCAGCGUUGGUGAGGGGGGAAGCUUUGGAGAACUUGCCCUUAUCUAUGGGACUCCUCGUGCUGCAACUGUCAAAGCGAAGACGAACGUGAAGUUGUGGGGCAUCGACAGAGACAGCUACAGACGCAUCCUGAUGGGGAGUACUUUGAGAAAGAGAAAGAUGUAUGAGGAAUUCCUUAGUAAAGUAUCUAUAUUGGAAUCUCUGGACAAGUGGGAGCGUCUCACUGUAGCUGACGCGCUGGAACCAGUACAGUUUGAAGAUGGGCAAAAGAUUGUGGUCCAGGGAGAGCCAGGAGAUGAGUUCUUCAUUAUCUUGGAGGGCACAGCUGCAGUGUUACAGCGUCGAUCAGAAAACGAAGAAUUUGUUGAAGUGGGCAGACUGGCACCUUCUGAUUAUUUUGGUGAAAUAGCCCUGCUGAUGAACCGUCCCCGUGCUGCCACAGUUGUGGCUCGUGGCCUGUUGAAAUGUGUGAAGCUUGAUCGACCCCGGUUCGAGCGUGUCCUGGGUCCGUGCUCCGAUAUCCUCAAGCGAAACAUCCAGCAGUACAACAGUUUUGUAUCGCUGUCUGUCUGAAACCUUCCUCCCUCUCCCAAACCUGCUUCACGAAUGCAGACUGCUUUAUUACCCUUGUGCAGAGCCACAUUGCCACUGGCAUUUGCAGCUUCCUGUCUGUUUAAAAAAAAAAAAGAAAAAAAAAAAA